AUGGAGCACGAUUGCCCAGAUGGUUCCACUGCCAUCAUUGCUCUGGUUCUGGGAACGGACUUAUUCAUUGCCAAUCUGGGUGACAGCGGCGGCGUGCUGUGCGGCGACGUUGUGACACCCUUUGCGUUUCCAAAUCACAAACCCGGUUCUGCAGUGGAGAAGAAACGCAUUAGUGAAGCAGGUGGCUAUGUGCUGGAAUUGGGCGGCACAUUGCGAGUAGUUCAUCCGGAUUUUCAAGAGCGCUUGGCAGAGCUUCAAGCCAAAAGUGCCUCUGGAGUCACUGGAGACUGGCCGCAAGCGCUGUCUCUCAGUCGCGCAUUCGGUGACCGGGACUUUAAAAACUUAUUCGAUGGGUUUCAACGUGUGGACUUGGUGAGCUGCUCUGCAGAUGUAAAACAUUUCCAGCUGGCCAGGGGCCAUGGUGCAAUAGUGCUCGUCUCUGACGGUGUCACAGAUGUGCUGCCGCUAGAGGAUGUGUCGCAGCAUGUGAUGCGCCACACUGAUGCAGCGGCGGCAUGUAAGGCAGUGUGCAAUGAGUCGUUCCGCCGCUGCACUGGUGACAAUGUCACUGCACUGCGCCGUGCAGUCGAGCAGCAACAGCCUCCCGCCCUGCGGGAAGCGCUGGCAGAGGCCAAGUUUAGCGUGGUUACGGCUGUUGCUGCAGGCAGCGGAUGGGAACUUAUCGAGUGGGCUCACGACAAGUGCCGGGAAUUGGAGCAUGAGGCUUGGAAGAAGAGUAUGCAACACGCAGCGAUGGAUGCUUUGCAGCAUGUCCUGGAGCAACCGAAGGUCUCAGCUGAGACGUUGUCAGAUGCUUGUGAGCAAGCUUGGCAGGCGGGAGUUCAAGCCGAAGCGCUGGAGUCUGCACAUGAGGAGUGUGGCCGGCGACGGCUUCGUCAGGCUGCGGAAGAGGCGCUGCUCUCAACACUUGGUGAACGAAGUUUUUCCGCGGAUUUCAUGGAGCAGCUGCAGCAAGUGGUAAAGCAAGCAGAGAAGGCGGCAGUUUCAACUGACCUCUUGAACUAUGCCCUUGGCCGACUAGAGGAGCUUCGUGAUCACACGUCUCGACCUGAGCAGGGUGUGCUCUGGCGACCUCCUCUCAUUGGCCCUGGCACUGGUGCAGCGUUGCCCGAACGACUGGUAUCCAAUGCAAUGUACACGUUGCUGCAUGCACAGAUGGUGGUAUCCCUGCGAGACACUUUCGGCCCUGAUGGGGCAGAAGACAAGUUGAGAAGACUCGGAUUUACGACUGGUGUCCGGCUCAUAACCCGCCUGGCAGGGUCACGCUUUCCGAUGACCAACGAGCGCAUGAUCAUGAAGUACGUUUGCAAGGAGCUUUGGACAUACCUGUUCCAUCAGCCUGCUAGCAGACUGCAGGCAGACAAGCAUGGUGGCUACAUCAUUAUCGAUCAUUCCUUUCGUUGGCUGGAGGGCUUUGCGGGCAGCAGUUCGGAGGUCUCCGAGACACAGCAGCUGGCUUUGCUCCACUUGGCGCUUCCUUGUGGGCUGCUUCAAGGAGCACUCUUUGGCCUUGGCUUAGAACGCAUCAUUUCGGUGGAGCUCGCGUUGCCGCAGGUGACGUUCUUCGUGGCUGGAACUGAAGGGGGUGACAGUGCUCCAACAGAUUCGUCACCGCCAAUGUGA